AUGCCCAGCACACGUUCCCAGGCUCAGCCCAUCCUCAAGUUCCCCAGACGCAAGUCCUCCAGGGUUGACUCAAAAAGCACCCCCUCCAAGAGCACACUCCAGCCGAAGGAGACCCAGUCCCCCUGCCCCAUGGAGGCUCCUAAACAGCAGCCCCUUCCAGAGAGGAUCCAGCUAACGCCCCUCUCACAUGGGCCCAUGGCCCUCAAAGGCAUCACUCUGUGCCCAAGGCUGACCCCAAGAAUACCCCUCAGCCCUCGCAAACGCACAGGUAUGGGAUUGUGUUAUUAUACCCAACUUUUAAACGAUGUUUCACUGUCUAGAACUUUAGGUAGUUUGUGGAUUUUACAUAUUCUGUGCAACAUUUAAGCUGAUAAACCACCCUGCUCAAAAUUAAGUAAUUAUUUCCACCCAUGAUGUAAACGUGACCUGCUAUCCAAAAGACUGACAUCUUGUUUCUAACCUAACCAUGCGUCUUCUGUGUGUUUCUCAGGAGAUGAAAAUGGCUGUAACCUCAGUGCCAACCUACUGGGCUCUCCUCCCAAACAGAGCCGCCUUAACCUGGCCUCCCCCCGCAAGCUGGGCUUUGAUGAGAACUCCCCCGUUUUAUCCCCGAGGAGACUCCUGUCCCCCAAACGGCAGCCCCUCUCCCCCACCUCCCGCCCCAGGCCCUCCCCCAGCAGACUGCAUGAGACCCCCAGUGGGAGCCCAUCAUGUCCCCGAUCAGAGAAGAAGGCCCCGGUGGUCCGCCUCUUUGCUGAAAGUAAGACGCGUCUCCCUCACGUUCUCUUUCUCUUCUUCCUCACGUUCUCUUCCUCCUGUCUUUUUCUCAAACGCAAAUGAAAAGCGUAAAACUCCAAAGAGAAAUGUGUGCCUUUAUUUGAUUUGGCCAUUAUGCUAAUGUUCACUUCACAAUUCAAGAAAUGAUCACUUCCCUCAUCUACAUACUGUAUGUUCAUGUAGACUAAUAGCAGACUAUUAACCCCUUCUCCCUCUCUCCAUCCCUCUCCAGAGUCGAAGUUCCAUAGUGUGAAGCAGGCCCUCCACACGGCCGUCCCAGAGCGCCUGCUAUCCCGGGAGGCUGAGAGGUCCUCCAUCCGCUCCUUCCUGGAGGACAAGGCCCUGAACGCCAGCCCAGCCAGCCUCUACAUCUCUGGGGCCCCCGGCACCGGCAAGACGGCAUGCCUCAACUGUGUGUUGCAGGAUAUGAAGGUUAGCACCGUUGUUAGCGUUAGCCUCCGCUUUGUUAAUGAUGGGUUAAUUGUUAGCAUUAGCCUCGCGUUGAUCUUGAGUGGAUCCCGAUACUCUAAAAUGGCCUUACACCUCUACCAUAAGGCGCAGUAUCACUUAAUUCCACUGCUUGUGGACAGCACUGAACCCUGUGUAAAUUUAACCCCGUUGAUUUCUGUUACAUGAAUUUAACUAUUUCCUCUCUCUUGAUCCAGGAUGAGCUGAAGGAGAUUCAGACAGUGGUGAUCAACUGUAUGGCUCUGCGUAGCUCCCACGCCAUCUUCCCCCUGCUGGCAGAGAAGCUGGGGGCCUCCGGGGGCCACACCGACACCAAGCUGCAGAAACUGCUGACCAGCACAGGGCCCACUGUGUGAGUAUCUAGCUACUGUAUAUAACUAAAACCUAAAUCCACGAUACCUUUCGCCAAAAAAAAAAAAGUUGAGUUAAUCUCUAAAGUUGUCUUUGUCCAACAGCUCUGAAUUUACACUGUACAUUUUUUAAAAAUAUAUUUGAGAAAGGAAUUACAUUUUGCUGACCGAUAAGUUCUGUCUAUUAACCCUCUUUCUCCUCAGUCUUCUAGUCCUGGAUGAAAUGGAUCAGUUGGACAGCAAGGCCCAAGACGUUCUCUACACUAUCUUUGAGUGGCCCUACCUGCCCAAGUCCCGCCUCUGUCUCAUCGGUAAGAACCCCCAAAUAUACAGUGUUCUACAAUAUAUACCAUCUCUAGUAUACAUUUAUUGGACUUUACAAUUUCUAAUUUGUGGUCCUCUGUAGCUCAAUUGGUAGAGCAUGGGGCUUGUAACGCCAGGGUAGUGGGUUCGAUCCCCGGGACCACCCAUCCGUAAAAAUUUAUGCACACAUGACUGUAAGUCGCUUUGGAUAAAAGCGUCUGCUAAAUGGCAUAUUAAUAUCUAAGGAUUCAUCUGAAGAUUUCACCCUAAAACUUCAUACCAUACAUGUCUACCCUUUUCUCUAUUUAAAUUCCAUCUUUAACUCUCAUAGCCAUUUCCUCAUAUGGGCUGUCCUUAGUCUUCCUGUAUGCAGGCAGGUGUAAUGACAGUGUGUAAUGGGGGUGUCGUACCAUUCUAGGUAUCGCCAACGCUCUGGACUUGACAGACAGGAUCCUCCCCAGGCUGCAGGCCCUGCCUCGCUGUCGCCCCCAGCUGUUACACUUCCCUCCCUACAGCCGCCAGGAGCUCGCCGCCAUCGUACAGGACAGACUCACACAGGUGUCUGGAGAAGGGCUACUAGACCCAUCGGCCGUGCAGUUCUGUGCCAGGAAGGUGUCUGCUGUAUCGGGAGAUGCACGCAAAGCUCUGGAUAUCUGCCGGUAAGGGAAUGAAUUGACUAAAUAAUAUCUUAAAUACACUGUAUUAAUACUAAAUAACAUGUUGGUUGCAAUGAUGACUUCUUAGGACACAUUUGGGUUGCCCAUGAAAAUACAUUAAGAUCAAAUAUGAGCAACCAAAAAUGUGCAUUUACUAUGGCUAGUUGUAAGUGUUCUUGGAAAUUGGUAUGGGAAAGGGGGAUACCUAGUCAGUUGUACAACUGAAUGCAUUCAACUGAAAUGUGUCUUCUGCAUUUAACCCAACCCCUCUGAAUCAGAGAGGUGCGGAGGGGCUGCCUUAAUCGACAUCCACGUCUUCAGCGCCCGGGGAACAGUUGGUUAACUGGUUGAAGUUUUGUAUGAGAAAAUAAAGUAGCAUGACGCCGGUUCCUCUGUUACAGGAGAGCUGUAGAGCUUGUGGAAUCUGACAACCGAAAGAAGGCAGCCAGCCCCACAGCAGAAACUAAAGCGUCUCGCGUGAGCAUACCCCAGGUGGCGAGGGUGCUGUCGGAGGUGUACGGGGACCGCAUGUCCUCCUCCGAGGGAGAGAGCUUCCCCCUCCAGCAGAAACUCCUGGUGUGCUGUCUGCUACUGCUCACCCGCAACGGCAAGAACAAGGAGAUCCCACUGGGCAAGGUGAGAGAGACGGGCCCACUGCAUUGGUGCGAACACGAUACUACAACACACGUUUGUAAAUUGAGAGCAAACAUUAGCAUUUUUGUUGUUGUUGCUUUUAAUUUUGUACUACACUGAGUAUAUAAACCAUUAAGAGGAUUUUUUUGCCGUAGACAAUUGAGACAUGGAUUUUAGACAAUUGAGACAUGGAUUGUGUAUGUGUGCCAUUCAGAGGGUGAAUGGGAAAGACCAAAGAUUGAAGUGCCUUUGAACGGGGUAUGGUAGUAGGUGCCAGGCGCACCGGUUUGUGUCAAGAACUGCAACGCUGCUGGGUGGGACGCAUUAGAGUCAUGGGCCAGCAUCCCUGUGGAAUGCUUUCAACACCUUGAAGAGUCCAUGCCCCGACGAAUUGAGUCUGUUCUGAGGGCAAAAUAUUAGGAAGGUGUUUGGUAUACUCUGUGUACAUGCAUCAUACACAAGUCUAAUUUAAAGCUAGUCAGAAUUAAACAGUUAGACGUUUUCUCUUGCACUGACCUGCUUACCACUAAAAGUCAUUGGGUUGUUGAAGGUCAGUACCAUUCUUUCUCAAGUCUGACUCUCCUCUCUAUCCCUCAGCUCCAUGAGGUGUACAGCCGUCUGUGUGCCCAGAGACAGGUGGGCAGCGUGGGCCAGGGGGAGUGCCUCUCCCUCUGCAGUCUGCUGGAGAGCCGGGGCAUCUUUGCCCUGAAAAAAGCCAAGGAGGCUCGCCUCACCAAGGUUUCUCUGAAGAUUGAGGAGAGGGAUGUGGAGAACGCUCUGAAGGAUCGCACCCUGCUGGGCAGCAUCCUGACCGCUGGCCUACCAUGACCUCUCACCUUUUACCCCUAUGAUGAUAUACAUUUCUCCAUCAUCUGACUGAACCAGAUUAAUCUUUAUUUUUACCUUUUUUAUUACUUUUUUAAUGAUUUUUGGGAUUCUCUUUUCCUGGUGUUGUGAUGCAUAUCCAACUAUGACUACCUUUUUCAGAACAAUGAUUGCAGUGAUUGUACAAUUUUUAUUAGCAGAUGAUAAACAUGGACUGGAAACAUUUCAGAUGGUCAGCCAAACUGACCAGCUGCUUUUAACUUGAGUUUAAAAUGCUCAUUAUUUAUUUUUGGGGGUGAGAACCUUAUGUACAUCUAUAUUGUAAUAAAUUAAUGUACACAUUUUAAACAA